AUGAGAUCAUUGAUUUUUAUGUGUCUCCUUAUUCUAGCUAUAAGCGAUUUUACAAGUAUUGAUAAUGUUCAAGAAUUUACAGUGAUUAUUGGAAAAACAACAAACGUUACUUUGGUGUCGAAUCCUACAACAGGAUAUAGCUGGUUCUUGAACCCUUCAAAUUCAGAAAAACUGAAGGUUCCAGAUCUUAGAGGGGAAUAUAGAAGGACAACAGGACUAAUUGGAGGAGCUGGGAUUCAAGUUUUUAAGAUUUCUUGCAGUGAGCUAUGUGCUGAUGGAGAAUCAUUAGAAUUAACUUUUGAGUAUAAAAGACCAUGGGAAGCUGAGCCUAUAAGAAGCAAGCUGGUGACUGCAAAAAUCCUUGCAAACCCAGAUCUUUAA